AUGUUAAAAUCAUUCGUCGGGUUAUUUUUGUUAUGUCUCAGCGUAGGGUUAACUGAGACAUUCCCCUUGAAGGCCGGGUUAGAAAAACAUAACUCAACUGCUAAAGUGACCAUAUUAAUAAGUAACAUACCGUCAGAAGCACAUGAAUAUCUACGGUCCGGUAAUGGUAAUAGAAUGCCAGAUACAUUAUUUAAUCAGUUAGAAAUAUCUCAGGAAUUUAUUAAUGCGGUUAACAGUAAGAAAAAAAAUGAGAAUUUUAAUGAUCUAGCAUUUGGGUUCGAAGAUUUUGAUAGAAUCUUGACUAAUUACAGUGCUGACGCAACAGGUGUGGUACAGAGAGCGGCUGAUCUACCAGUAUGGGUAACAGCGACGAGGCUAAAGUAUAGUUUUGUAACCAAGUAUAGAUCAGGGACCGCUCAUGUAUGGUUAAUAGAGAACUGGUAUGACACUAAAGCUUCCUUCAUGAAUAACAUUACCGGCUUUGCAUAUUUGGGGACAGCGAUAGCAGAUAUGAUAAUUGGUUCAUCAGGCCCAGAAUGUAAGGGCUACAUUAAUUGGGUCGAGGUAGAUGGAUUAAACUGGACAUGUGCUGUAGCCACAUGGACUACUUCCGGCAAAAAGAAGUGUUAUACUAAAGGGACAGGUAGUAUGUUUUCAGAACCAUGUGACAAUAGUGUGCAAGAGGCUAAUAAAAGGCAGAUGGCAUCAUUCUGUUUGAACGGUUGGAACGGUGGUGAUUUUAAUGCAGAUAUCCGUGUGAUGCACCCGGAAAUUACCAACGCAAAUAUAUGGGAUCUUGAUUGCAUGCGAGCUAGUUAG